AUGCCUUACCAGCUCCUCGGUAUCAUAUUCUUUCUAAGCUACUUUAACUUGGCGGAUCCGUUAAAAUGCCACAGUCAACAUACGAACGCUUAUCCGCUGCCGGAACACAAAAAAACCGAAUGCGUCGGCGAGAAAUGCUGGAUUCUAAAAAACGCCCAAACGAAACAAGUAUCCCGAGACUGUAUGUGGGGCUUCCAAUUCAAGAUUGGCUGUGAUUUACUUGAGAUCACCAAGGAUAAUGUGACGACCCAGUAUUUUCUCUGCUUCUGCAAUAAUACAAACAAUUGCAACAGCGAGUUGCCGACUUUUGAUACCACGAAAAACGAGGCAAAGUUGGGCGGCAAGCAGAUACCAUUGCGGAAGAUUGGAGCCGAGGAAUUGAAAUGCUAUGAUUUCCUUGACACACAGAUCUACUCAAACGAUGGCGUCAUGCCAUUUCUAAAACCCCUCCCAUCUUGGCCAGUGGCUGGGAUGAAACCAAAGACUAUGCAAAAAGCAUCGAGCUGUGGCUUGCGGGUGAGGGAACUGCUCAAAAACGAGACAAAAACAGAGGUGAUGAUGUGGGACCACACUUUCGAGCUCUACAACUUUGCGCCAUCGCUCCACGGCGACGAGUGGCCGAUGUAUGAUGGGCUCGCCAUUACCAAGCAGUUCAGCUGGGACUAUCGACUCACACAACAAUUUUGCUUGACGGACCGUUGUAACGCCCUCACGACAAGUCUGGCCUCCUAUGAGAAUAGUGUGGAAUGCUUGGCGAUAGACGGAAAACGGUGCCGAGGGCAAGCGUGUUUCUUCGGAUUCUACAGCAAAAUAGAUGUGGACUGGACGAACGCGGUGGCACGAUAUGAGGUCGGAUUCUAUUCACCAAUGGAUGGUAUCCAUAUGUACGUCUGCGCCGAGGAUCUCUGUAACCGCGACGAAGCCGCGGCACUGGAAUCGGUUCAGACUUGCUACCCGAAUUAUCCACCGCUGCAAAAGCCGGGUGUGGAGACGUGGGCUGACGUAGAGAAAGCUCUUGCCACCGGCCUAUAUUCAUUUAACUGCAACGGGCCAACCACUGACCCUACAACUACUAUGAAUCUACCAUCGGAGCUCAUGACGACGACAGAGACACCUGGGGUCGAAUCUGGAACCUCUGGCCCUACAGAAACUGCUAUGGAAGGGGCCGAUGCGUGCUGGAUCAUGAAAAAUUCGCUGACAAAACAAGUAUCCCGCGACUGCUCGCUCGGCUACAAGUUCGAACCCGGCUGCACGUUGCGAGACGUACUAGCCGAUGACAGCACAACCGGUCAAUACUUCAUCUGCUUUUGCAACCACACAAACGAUUGCAACAAGGACAUACCCACUUUUGACACGAGGGCAAAUCUGGCUACGCUGGGAGGCAAGCAAGUACCGUUGCGGAAACUCGCCCUCGCAGAAUUCCAUUGCUAUGAUUUCAACAAUCAAUGGUACGAAGAUGGUAAGUAUACCGUUUGGGGCUGGCCCAUCGAGCCGGAACUGUUCAAUUUUGUGCCCACGCUCUAUGGACAGUUAGCGCCGUUAUAUGAUGGGCUCGUAUAUGCAAUUCAGGAGCGCUGCAACCAGUUGACGACGAACCGGGGUUUUUAUGAGAAUGGAAUCACAUGCUUGGUUGAAGGAACAAAAUCAUGCGUAGGGCAAGCGUGUAUAUUUAUUGUCUAUGAAAAGCUGAACAAGGAUGAACGGGAUGUCGUGGCACAAUCCGGGUGCUUUUCGCAGGAUUGGACGAAUUCGGAUGCUCAAUAUAAGAUCGGGAUGUAUAUGCCAUCGCACAACGUUAGAAUGUACAUCUGUGCCGAGGACAACUGUAACCAAGAUGAGGACACAGCCAAGGCAUCAAUUCAGAACUGCGAGCCGAAAUAUCCCCCGGUAAAAGGCCCCGGAGUAGAGACGUGGUAUGACGUUGAGAAAGCACUCACAACUGGUGAAUAUUCCCUGAACUGCAAAGGACCGACGGCAACGGCUUUGACGACCGGAAUUGCACCGACCCAGAAUUCGAUCCCCGAGACGACGACCAAGAGCGUAUCCCGCGACUGCUCGACCAACUUCCAGUUUGAACCGGGCUGUACGUUACGCGAAAUACAAGCCGGUGACGGCACAGCUUCCCAAUAUUUUAUCUGCUUUUGCAACCAUGCAACAGACUGCAAUAAGGAUCUCCCUACUUUCGAUGCCAAGAAAGGUCUGGCCACAAUGGGUGGUGCGCAAAUACCGUUGCGAAAACUUGGCGCAAAGCAGUUCCGGUGCUUUCAAUUUAACAAUGCUGUGGACUACCCCCAGGGUGGCCAGCCCCCAUUUCUGAAACCACAACCCAUGUGGGAUGUCAAUUUUACGGCUUCACCGACCCUAGUAAAACAAUCGGCUUGCGGACUGGAGAUCGAGGAAUCUUACAAGGAGCCGGAGGAGAAAAUAAUCAUCGGUCGGAACAGCGAUCCGGAGCUGUUCAAUUUGGUCCCCUCACUCUACGGUCAAUUGAUCCCGACCUACGAUGGUUUGGUCUAUGCCGUUCAAUUUUACUGGGACGAACGGUAUUGGCAAAAGUUUUGUUUAAAUGAUUUCUGCAACCAGCUGACGACGAAUCCCGCUUUUUACGAGAACGGUAUCACUUGUCUAGUUGAUGAAACGAAGCAAUGCGUUGGCCAAGCCUGCAUAUUUAUUCUCUAUGAAAAGAUCGAUAAGACUGAGCAAGACAUCAUUGUCAUAUCCGGUUGCUUUUCGCAGGAUUGGACGGAGUCGGUCGCGCAAUAUAAGGUCGGGUAUUAUUCGCCGACGAAAAACAUCAGGAUGUACAUCUGUGCCGAGGAUAACUGUAAUCAGGAUGAAAAUAGAGCCAAGGCUUCGAUACAGAACUGUCAGCCAUAUUAUCCGCCGGCCAAGGGGCCUGGCGUCGAGACGUGGUAUGAUGUUCAAAAAGCACUGGCAGCCGGCGAAUAUUCGCUAAAUUGCAAGGGUUCGUCUACCCAGAAUCCCAUUGAGACAACGACGAAGGGUGCCGAAUCGACUCCCUCAAACCCAUUCCCGGGGCAACAGCGGAUUAUGAUAACCCGUUUUUCUAUUUGUUUUACCGCAUUCCUGUUUUCGAUUUUAAUAAACCAACUGGAAUCGCUAAAAUGCAUAAGCUACCACAUCAAUAUUCCUUCACCUUUGGCAAAUAAGAACAAAACGGAGUGCGAGGGCGAAAUGUGCUGGAUAUUACGUGACAACAGCGGCCAAAAACAAAUAUCCCGAGAUUGCAUCACCGGCUAUGAAUAUGAGAUUGGGUGCCACCGAUUCGAAAUCGUUGACCAUCAUACCGAUCAUUGCAACGAGAAUUACCCAACUUUCGACACCAAGAAAAAUACCUCCAAACUUGCUGGGACUGCGGUACCCUUAUGGAAUUAUGGUAUCGACGAGUUUUCGUGCUACGAUUUUUCGUUCUACGACACGAGCUAUAUUCCUGAAAUGUCGAAUUCGAGCUGGGCGCUUAAAAAGACGGUUUCUAAGAAGCUGAAAAAAUCUUCUGGCUGUACGCUGUCGGGGAAUGAAGAUCGUCUUGACAAUACAUCAUUUACUGUACAAGUCUGGUCCGAGUUGGGCAUGCCGUUUCACUUUGCCGCCACGCUUGACAGUUUUGAUGUAUUUCCAUAUUACGCGGGCGGCUUAUAUGCCUAUCAGCGCACGCAGCAAAACAGAGCAUUUGGGAAGUAUUGUCUUUCUGACAAAUGCAACCUUUUAGCCUCAAAUGCGGCGAUGUAUGAAAAGGCUGUGAAAUGCCUGCUACCGAUGGAAGGCGAAGACACCACUUGCAUGGGCCAAGCCUGCUACUAUAUCUAUUACAAAACUAUCAUGGAUGGAGAGGAUUAUCCAGUUUCGAUGUACGGGUGUUUUUCGCAGGAUUGGACGACGGCGACGGGGCAGUACAAAAUUGGUUACUACUCUCAAAUCACUGGGAUUCGGCUGUACCUUUGUGCAGAGGAUAUGAUGUCGAUUAUGCAACGGCGUGGUACGGCUGCUUAUCUCAGGAUUGGACAAUGGCAGAAGGACAAUAUCGAGUUGGCUACUACAGCCCGA